AUGUCCUCCUCGGUACCUGUCCCAGGUCGAAGAACCUCUGUGUCAGCUUCUGAUCCUCCCAACUUCAUCCCAAUCCCAACCAACACCCGAGGUAUCCCCACAACCUCAUUCGGCGCUCAAUCUCCUCCUGCUGCGGCUACAGGCCUGAGCGGAUCAUUCUCCACCUCCCCAUCUAUGUCCAGCCAUGUGAGAGGAGGAUCAGGUUCAGUCGGAUCGGUCUUCCACGGUAUGGCUAGACAGUUGACAGCUUUCUUACCUGUCACUUAUCCCCUCGAGGAAGAACCUGAAAAGAGACAAGGUAAAACCAAGGUCUUGUUAUUGGAAAAUAUCAAUUUGGAUGCGGCUCAGUUCUUGAAGGACCAAGGCUUCGAGGUUGAUCACGUCACCAAAGCUUGGUCGGAAGAAGAGCUCAUUUCGAAAUUAUCCCAGUAUCAAGCUAUCGGUAUCAGAUCCAAGACCAAGAUCACCCAAAAGGUUAUCGACGCCAAUCCUCAGCUUCUUGUCAUCGGUUGUUUCUGUAUCGGUACCAACCAAGUUGACCUCGAACACGCCGCUCGAAGAGGUAUUGCAGUCUUCAACUCUCCUUAUGCCAACUCCCGAUCUGUCGCCGAAUUAGUGAUUUCCGAAAUCAUCGCUUUGUCCAGACAGAUUGUCGAUAGGACCCACGAAAUGCGAGCAGGUAUCUGGAACAAGCUUUCCAAGAACUGUUGGGAGAUCCGAGGAAAGACAUUAGGUAUAGUUGGAUAUGGACAUAUCGGAUCUCAAUUAUCCGUCUUGGCCGAAUCUUUCGGUAUGCAGGUCAUCUACUACGAUGUUAUCCCAAUUAUGCCAUUGGGUACAGCAAGACAAGUGGAUUCCUUAGAUGAUUUGUUGUCCAAAGCGGAUUUCGUCACACUUCAUGUCCCUGAAAUUCCCGAUACGAUCAACAUGAUUGGUGAAGCUCAAUUCAACCAGAUGAAAACCGGUUCAUUCUUCAUUAACAACGCCCGAGGAAAAGUUGUCGACCUACCUGCCUUAGCUCAAGCACUAGAAUCCAAACAUCUUGCCGGAGCUGCUGUUGACGUGUUCCCCAAAGAACCUGGAUCAAAUGGACCUGGAUUUAACGAGACUCUGGGAGACUUCAUCCCUAGAUUGAGGAAUUGUGCGAACUUGAUUAUGACACCGCAUAUUGGAGGAUCGACCGAGGAAGCUCAACGUGCGAUUGGAUCAGAAGUAUCCAAUGCCCUAUAUAGGUAUUUGACCUAUGGUACAAGUUUGGGAUCUGUCAAUUUCCCCGAAGUUGAUUUGAGAGCAAUCACAACGAAUGACGAGAGGCACAUUCGAGUGUGUCAUGUGCACAGGAAUGAACCUGGUGUGUUGAAGCAGAUCAACAAUAUUUUGGCCGAUCACAACAUCGAAAAGCAAUUCUCGGAUUCCAAGGGUGAUAUCGCGUACCUGAUGGCGGAUAUUUCGGGUGUGGGUCAAGAGGAAGUUGAAGGUAUUUAUAAUGGUAUCAAGAAUACUAGAGCGAAUAUCUUGACUAGGUUGCUUUGUGAGUGA